AUGUCUUCGGCGGGUGUUCCGGAUGGCGGUGAAGCCGCCUCCGCUGCCGCUGUUCCUCGACAAUACUUCUGUUACCAAUGCGAGCGCCAGGUCACCAUCGCUCCUCCACUCUCACCCACUGCCGAACUCGUCUGCCCCGAUUGUCAAGGCGGUUUUCUAGAAGAAUCUGAAACUGCGCCCCCCUCAAACCCUGAAAAUCCCAUCUCUAACCCUUUUCUCCCCGACAAUUUCCCUUCCUUGGGCGGAUUCCCCAUCAUCUUUUCCUCUGCCCCCGGAGCUUCCGCAUUUUCCGUCUCCUCUGGUGGCGGAGGCGGUGGAUUUGACGAUCUCUCAGCUCUUUUUGGACCCCGAUCUCCCAAUGAAUUUAAUCCCUUUGCCUUUCUUAAUAACUAUAUCAAUAAUCUUCAGGCCAGGGGAGCAAACAUCCAGCUUGUUUUUGAAUCGCCUGGCGGUGGUGGAAUGAGCGGCUCAGGGGUUGAUUUUCGGCUUCCGAUGAAUUUGGGGGAUUAUUUUAUUGGGCCUGGUCUGGAGCAAUUGAUUCAGCAACUUGCGGAGAAUGAUCCAAAUCGUUAUGGGACGCCACCUGCCUCAAAGUCAGCAGUCGAGGGAUUGCCUGAUAUAAAGAUUACUGAGGAAAUGUUAGCUUCAGAUUCUUCACAAUGCGCUGUGUGCAAAGAUAGCUUUGAGUUAAAUGAGGAGGCAAAGCAGAUGCCUUGCAAGCAUAUUUACCAUAAAGAUUGUAUCCUGCCUUGGCUUGAGUUGCAUAAUUCUUGCCCCGUUUGUAGGUAUGAGCUGCCUACUGAUGAUCCUGAUUAUGAAAAUCGAAGGACAGGACAGACAAAUGAUAAUAGUAGUAGGAACAGUGGCAAUACUAGUUUGGGUUUUGGGGCUGGUGGUGGUUAUCAGGAUAGUGGGGAUAAUAAUAACAGUUCGCUGACGCCGAGGACUAUGGAAAGGAGGUUUAGGAUAUCAGUCCCAUGGCUUUUAAGGGGGCUUGGUUCACCAGCCGAGACGAGCAGUACUGGGGGAGGAGGAGCUGUGAAUAAUGAUGGAGGUAAUAGCAACACCAACAACAGUGAUAGUGUAGCAUCCAAUACUGGCUCAGGUAGAGGAGGUCAGGCUAGAGAGGAGGACCUCGACUGAAGUAUGUUGUUGCUGUAUUAUAAUUACUUUGCUUCAUUUUCAUGAUUGAGGUGAUUUACUGCUUUUACUGUGAUUUCAUGUAACCUUUUAAUCCAAUGCUUUAACAUACGACGGAAAUGAGGAGAAAAUUUUGAUUUUCAUAUGGACAACAUGGUUGUUUAUUUACAUUUCUUAAGUAAAAUUUAUGCCUAAAAUUGGAC